CAGAAGCAAGCACCCUGGUUCCCGCCACCCCUCCUUAGCUUUGCCUUGUGCACCCUCGUUGUCACGGAGCUGCGCUGCACCUGCCUUUCCUCCUCCUGGUCAGGUUCCUGCAUCACCUCCCUUCCUGGGGAUGUGCCAUAGGCCUCUGACCGAGCUGGGGGCUCCUCCUGUUUGGCUCCUGCGACAGAGGCGGCACAAUUCCCGCACCUGUUUCCUGUGACGAGUUCUCAGUGCUGUGGGGCAGAUGCCUAGUGGAGGCGCCGCACGGGGCCUCCGGGACCCAGUAGCAGCUUCUGUCUGCAUUUCCUUGAGCUCACUGACCUGGACACCCGCCGCCCCCCCGCCCCGCCCGACUGCUUCGUGGCCCGAUCCUGCCUUUGCCUUUUCCCAAACUAUUGAGCUGUGAAGUCCUUCAUGCCUUCUGGAGACAGGCUCGUCAGAUGUGUCACCAUUGUCAUCUCCCAUCCUUUGACCUGCCUGUUCAUUUUCUUAAUGGCCUGCGGCCCUUUUAAAACUACCUUUAGAAAUUGUGGAGCAGUUUCGGGUUUCAGGAGAGCUGCGGGCAGCCCGAUGUUUCUGAACAGGGUACCGUGCUAACCCUGGUGCACUCGGCAAAACUCAGGAGCAGCACGGCUGCCGCCUCCAGCCCAGACGCAGACUGCCUGUGCUUCCUGCCCCUCCCUCUGCCCAGCCUGUGUCAGAGGCCACACUCUCCUUUGUCCCCCUGCUCUGUAGCAGUGUGUCAGCCCCUCCUGGGUCGGCAUGGCCGUGACUGCUUGCGGAGACUGCUCAGGUGUUGUGUUGAGCGUCCCUCACGUUGGACUUGUGUGUGUUCUUUGACCCUGAGCUCCGGGACAUGGCGCUCCAGCGCGCCGUCCUCCUGGCCGGCCUCCUGGUGGAAGUUGCCAGCAAAUCCUCAGAGAGUGUGGGCCAGCAGCCUGAGUGUUGUGUGGACGUGGUGGACACCAACACCACCUGCCCAGGCACGAGCCUGUGUGGCCCAGCUGCUGGCCAGGGCACACAGCCCCCUGUGAACAGGAACACAGGGACACCCGGGCAGCCAAGUCUCGGGGGCCCUCAAGUGGCAGCCUCCCUCCUCCUGGGGACCUUCUUCCUCAGCUCCAGCCUCAUCCUCUCAGUGGCUGGUUUUUUCUACCUCAAGCGCGCCAGUAAACUGCCCAGGCUCUGCUACGGAAGAAACAAAGGCCGCGAUGAUCCCCCCACCACAGUCCUCAGUGCGGAAGCCACGUUAUGUCAGGCGGGAGAGGCCCUCGGACAGGGGCACGGGCCCUGCUGCUGUCUCCUUGGUGGAGGCCCGGGUCAGCAACGUCUGACCCUGAGGCUCGCCUACAGCUCUGCACACCGCCGAGGAGGAAGCCGAGGAGGAAGCCGAGGAGGAGGCCCUGAACACAGGGCCAGGCUGUGUCCUGGGAGGGUUCUGCAUGGUCCUGGACUUGCCCCGGCCUAGCUCUCGUCUCCCAGCGACAGGCGCUGCUGAGCAGAAACCAGUGGCUCCUGAAGGUGCUGUGUUCUUGAGCCAGACUGCAAGGGAGGCCCUGAGGGCCCCUGCCCAAGGACAGACAGUGAGGGACCGCCGGGCCAGCCACUGCCCGUCAGGAGCCUGGCGGGCAGACACCUUUCUAAGGGCGGUGAAGCAGAGGCCUUUGGGUGUCCCAGCCGGUGCCCAGACUGGGAUGGAGGACAGGAGGGACUCAGCACCAGCCCUCAAGGUUGAGACCCCCCAAGCCCGUGACCCCUUGUUUCCAGGAGCUGCAGGAGCGAGUCACCUGGGUCCUGUAGAUUUCUGUAUGUAAGUGAAAUACAUUUGUAGAAGAGCCGGGGCCCCAUGCACAGUGGGCUUUGCCCACCCAGGACAGCACUGCCCGCAGCUGCCAGGCGCCCAGGGCACGUCUGCCUGGGGCCCACUUACUUGGGGUGCAGCCCAGAUCAUCCUGCAAGGACCAUGGCUCCUGAGAAAGGCAUGUGUGUGGCCACAUCCGGCGCUGCGCCCGGCGUGGCCGUCCUUCCCAGACCCUGAGCCGAGGCCCACACUCCCUCCUUUGGUACCUGGUCCGAGUCUGAGGAGCCCGAGGCAGGGCUUGGCGGUGGCCUCCUGUGCCCUCCUCACGGCAGUGCCGGCUCAGGCUGUCCCCGUGGGCAGAUGUGCGUGCGUCCUCCUGUCCAGCAGCGCAGGGGGCAGCCGCCUCGACACCACGUCCAAUAAACUUCUGGACUUUUUCCUCUC